AUGAUAGCAGCUCCAGAAAUACCAACUGAUUUUAAUCUACUACAGGAGUCAGAGACACAUUUUUCUUCUGACACAGAUUUUGAAGACAUCGAAGGAAAAAACCAAAAGCAAGGCAAAGGAAAAACUUGUAAAAAAGGCAAAAAGGGCCCGGGAGAAAAGGGCAAAGGUGGAAAUGGGGGAGGAAAACCUCCUUCUGGUCCUAAUCGAAUGAAUGGUCAUCACCAACAGAAUGGAGUGGAAAACAUGAUGUUGUUUGAAGUUGUUAAAAUGGGCAAGAGUGCUAUGCAGUCGGUGGUAGAUGACUGGAUAGAAUCAUACAAACAUGACCGAGAUAUAGCACUUCUUGAUCUUAUCAACUUUUUCAUUCAGUGUUCAGGCUGUAAAGGAGUUGUUACAGCAGAAAUGUUUAGACAUAUGCAGAACUCUGAGAUAAUUCGAAAAAUGACUGAAGAAUUCGAUGAGGAUAGUGGAGAUUACCCGCUUACCAUGGCCGGCCCUCAGUGGAAGAAGUUCAAAUCCAGUUUUUGUGAAUUCAUUGGUGUAUUAGUACGGCAGUGUCAAUAUAGUAUAAUAUAUGAUGAGUACAUGAUGGAUACAGUCAUUUCACUUCUUACAGGAUUGUCUGACUCGCAAGUCAGAGCAUUUCGACAUACAAGCACCCUGGCAGCUAUGAAGUUGAUGACAGCUUUGGUGAAUGUAGCACUAAAUCUUAGCAUUAAUAUGGAUAAUACACAAAGACAAUAUGAAGCAGAACGGAAUAAAAUGAUUGGAAAACGAGCCAAUGAGAGGCUAGAACUCCUGUUACAAAAGAGGAAAGAGCUUCAGGAAAAUCAAGAUGAAAUAGAAAAUAUGAUGAAUGCAAUAUUUAAAGGAGUCUUUGUACAUAGAUACCGGGAUGCAAUAGCUGAAAUCCGAGCUAUAUGCAUCGAGGAGAUUGGCAUUUGGAUGAAGAUGUAUAGUGAUGCCUUUCUUAAUGACAGUUAUUUAAAAUAUGUUGGUUGGACUAUGCAUGACAAGCAAGGUGAAGUAAGACUCAAAUGUCUUACCGCUCUACAAGGGCUUUAUUAUAACAAAGAACUGAAUUCCAAACUGGAGCUAUUCACUAGUCGGUUCAAGGAUAGAAUCGUGUCUAUGACCCUUGACAAGGAAUAUGAUGUUGCAGUACAAGCAAUAAAAUUACUUACUCUUGUUUUACAGAGUAGUGAAGAAGUUCUUACAGCAGAAGAUUGUGAAAAUGUCUAUCAUCUGGUUUAUUCGUCUCACCGGCCAGUAGCAGUAGCAGCUGGAGAAUUUCUCUACAAGAAGCUCUUCAGUCGUAGAGAUCCAGAGGAGGAUGGAAUAAUGAAAAGAAGGGGAAGACAAGGUCCAAAUGCCAACCUUGUUAAGACAUUAGUUUUCUUCUUUCUGGAAAGUGAGUUACAUGAGCAUGCAGCAUACCUUGUGGAUAGCAUGUGGGACUGUGCUACUGAGCUGCUGAAAGACUGGGAAUGUAUGAAUAGCUUGUUGUUAGAAGAGCCUCUUAGUGGAGAGGAAGCACUAACAGACAGGCAAGAGAGUGCUCUGAUUGAGAUAAUGCUUUGUACUAUUAGACAAGCAGCUGAAUGUCAUCCUCCUGUGGGAAGAGGGUCUGGAAAAAGGGUGCUGACAGCAAAGGAGAAGAAGACCCAGUUGGAUGACAGGACAAAAAUCACCGAACUCUUCGCAGUCGCUCUUCCUCAGUUAUUAGCAAAAUACUCUGUAGAUGCAGAGAAGGUGACUAACUUGCUGCAGUUGCCUCAGUUCUUUGAUUUGGAAAUAUAUACUACUGGACGAUUAGAAAAGCAUUUGGAUGCCUUAUUGAGACAGAUCCGUAAUAUUGUAGAGAAGCACACAGAUACAGAUGUUUUGGAAGCAUGUUCUAAAACUUACCAUGCACUCUGUAAUGAAGAAUUCACAAUUUUUAACAGAGUAGAUAUUUCAAGAAGUCAACUGAUAGAUGAAUUGGCGGACAAGUUUAAUCGGCUUCUUGAAGAUUUUCUGCAAGAGGGUGAAGAACCUGAUGAGGAUGAUGCAUAUCAGGUAUUGUCAACGUUAAAGAGGAUCACUGCUUUUCAUAAUGCCCAUGAUCUUUCAAAGUGGGAUUUGUUUGCUUGUAAUUACAAACUGUUAAAAACCGGAAUUGAAAAUGGAGACAUGCCAGAACAGAUUGUUAUUCAUGCACUGCAGUGUACUCACUAUGUAAUCCUUUGGCAGCUUGCUAAGAUAACUGAAAGCAGCUCAACAAAGGAGGACUUAGUGCGUUUAAAGAAACAGAUGAGGGUCUUCUGUCAGAUAUGUCAACAUUACCUUACCAACGUGAAUACUACUGUUAAGGAACAGGCCUUCACUAUUCUGUGUGAUAUUUUGAUGAUAUUCAGCCAUCAAAUUAUGUCAGGAGGACGUGACAUGUUAGAGCCAUUAGUUUAUACCCCUGAUUCGUCAUUGCAGUCGGAGUUGCUCAGCUUUAUUUUGGAUCAUGUCUUCAUUGAACAAGAUGAUGAUAAUAAUAGUGCAGAUGGUCAGCAGGAGGAAGAAGCCAGUAAAAUUGCAGCUUUGCACAAGAGAAGAAAUUUACUUGCAGCAUUUUGUAAGUUAAUUGUAUAUUCAGUGGUGGAGAUGAAUACAGCUGCAGAUAUCUUCAAGCAGUAUAUGAAGUAUUAUAAUGAUUAUGGAGAUAUUAUCAAAGAAACGAUGAGCAAAACGAGGCAGAUAGACAAAAUUCAGUGUGCUAAGACCCUUAUUCUCAGUUUGCAACAGCUUUUUAAUGAAAUGAUACAGGAAAAUGGCUAUAAUUUUGAUAGGUCAUCUUCAACAUUUAGUGGCAUAAAAGAACUUGCUCGACGGUUUGCUUUAACUUUUGGACUCGAUCAAUUGAAAACAAGAGAAGCCAUUGCCAUGCUACACAAAGAUGGCAUAGAAUUUGCUUUUAAAGAGCCUAAUCCACAAGGGGAGAGUCAUCCACCUUUAAAUUUUGCAUUUCUUGAUAUUCUGAGUGAAUUUUCUUCUAAACUACUCCGACAAGACAAAAGAACAGUGUAUGUUUACUUGGAAAAGUUCAUGACCUUUCAGAUGUCACUCCGAAGAGAAGACGUAUGGCUUCCGUUGAUGUCUUACCGAAAUUCUUUGCUAGCGGGUGGUGAUGAUGACACCAUGUCAGUCAUUAGUGGAAUCAGUAGUCGGGGGUCAACGGUGCGGAGUAAAAAGUCAAAACCAUCUACAGGAAAACGGAAAGUGGUUGAGGGCAUGCAGCUUGCACUCACUGAAGAAAGUAGUAGUAGUGACAGUAUGUGGUUAAGCAGAGAACAAACACUGCACACCCCUGUUAUGAUGCAGACACCACAGCUCACCUCCACUAUCAUGAGAGAGCCCAAAAGACUACGGCCUGAGGAUAGCUUCAUGAGUGUAUAUCCAAUGCAGACUGAACAUCAUCAAACUCCUCUUGAUUAUAACACGCAGGUAACAUGGAUGUUAGCUCAAAGACAACAAGAGGAAGCAAGGCAACAGCAGGAGAGAGCAGCAAUGAGCUAUGUUAAACUGCGAACUAAUCUCCAGCAUGCCAUUCGGCGUGGUACCAGCCUAAUGGAAGAUGAUGAAGAGCCAAUUGUUGAAGAUGUUAUGAUGUCCUCAGAAGGGAGGAUUGAGGAUCUUAAUGAGGGAAUGGAUUUUGACACCAUGGAUAUAGACUUGCCACCAUCAAAGAACCGACGAGAGAGAACAGAACUGAAGCCUGAUUUCUUUGAUCCAGCUUCAAUUAUGGAUGAAUCAGUUCUUGGGGUGUCAAUGUUUUAAUACCAGUACACAAUUAAGUCUGUGGUGAAGUCAUUUUCUAAGUGGAAGAGGAAAUUUUAAAAUAAAGUGUGGUAGAUACAGUGAAAUUCUGUACAGAUUUUUCUCUAAGGAGAAUAUGACAUGCUUAUGCUUACCAAGAUCAAGUGCAUUGAGGGGCAGUUUUGUUUGCCUGAAAAAAAGUAAAGGACAAGUAAACAAUUUGAUGAUAAGCUACAGUUUUUCUUAGAAAGUAAAUAUUUUAUUUAUGCGCUGUUAGUUGGCUUUUGAAAUUAUUUCAUGCUUUUUUAAAAAAAUAUAACAAUCUGAAGAGGCAUUUGGUACAGAUACGAAUUCUCUCACAUUUAUUUACUGGUUGUACUAAAUAAUGAUGACCUCUGCUGGAUUUCUGUUUACAUCCAAGAAACAAAGUUAAGGAUGAAUUUAUCCCCCCACCCCGAAAUUGUAGGAUAGAAUUGUUUUUAGCAUUCUAAAUUUAAAUGCUUAAAACACCAAUCGACAAAACUUUGUUUUAAAUAUUGUAAUUGUGGAGAAAAGUAAACUUAUAAGCAGAACUUUUACAAUUUUUUCAUCUAAAAUGUAUUUUAAGAUAUUUUUAAAAUCCAAGAGCUUCUCUAUACUUUUCAGAAAUAUCCAGAUGCAGUGAACUGCCAGAAGGUAACCAGUCUCAAACAUGCUUAUCCCAUUAUCAACCCUGAG